ACACACCCAUACCACACACACCCGCCGAGCUGCCAGAGAUCCGUUGCCGCUCCACACUUCUCCUUCUCCGCGUCCUCUGCGCACCGCGGUGCCUUUCUACUCUGCGCGUCCAGCUGUGCGCACACCACUCCAGAGCUCUAAACCAGGGCCUGAAACCGAACUAAACCCCGAACAAACUGGACAGAAGGAGGAAAUAGGAAUAUGACUUCUAAAGCGAUGGAGCAUCUGAACCUGUCGGAGGAGCAGACCAAAGUGCUGGAGGACAGUUUCCAAAAACUAAGCAAGCAUCCGGAUGGGACGACGCUCAUGUUGAUCGCUGCGGAGUGCGGGCUGUCAGAGGAGGAAACACGAAAAUGGUUCAAGCUGCGUAACGCAAAGUGGAGGCAGGCAGAGGGUCUUCCAGCUGAACUGGGAUCAGUGUUGGACUGAGAAUGAAGAACCUGCAUGAAGCCUGAGGCUCUGUGCUGACCUUGUUUCUCCUGGACAAACUGACCCGAGCACCCCCGCCCUCAUUCACUUCCCCUCGCCACAUGUACAUCUCUCUUUUUGUAUCUAUGAAGCUAUUUUAACUUUAACUGUGUGGAAUGUGAAGGUGUUUGUAUGUUGUUGCCAAUAUAACCACCAUGUUUACAGAAAUAAACAUAUUGUUAUAAAUUA